AACCCGCAGGCCACAAGUAAAAAUCUUCUCUCUCGCGUUGUUCAUUUUUAAGGGGAAACAACAUACGGUACAGGGCCGUAGUGUUCAUGCUACCGACCCUCGAAACCAACAGAGCAGUGCAGCUGUGUGAAGUCAAAAAAACAACCCAAAAAGUCUAGUAAUAUGGAUUUAUUGCCAGUAUUCGAGGAGCUCACCAAUAACUUGGAUGAUGCAGCAGUUAUAGAAGAAGGCAAAAAAGUCUUGGAGAAAUUUAUUUGCGAAAAUGAGAAGACAUUUGAGUAUUCAGAAUUAGAUGCCAAAUGUCACAAUAAACUGCUUGACAAAAUCUUUUUAUUAAUCCAUCAACAUCCACUCUCGUUGGAAUGUAUCAAAAUAACAAGAUUGUUAAGCAGAGACAAAAACCUUGUGUUGAAUAUAAAAAAUGUUGAUUUCUACAUGGACAUAUUUGCAAAAUUGCUAAAGGAGAAAGCAGAAUUAGGUUCCAAUAUCCUUUUGUCAAAAAUUGAAACAGUGAAAUGUUUAUGUAACUGGGUCUAUCUUAGUGACAAAGUCAGAAUAUAUUUUAAAGAAAAUAACUUAAUUAAACUUAUGAUUGAUGAAAUGAAAAUAACAGAUCAAUCUGUGACUGAUUAUUAUUUUUACGAAAUUCGAUUAAUGUUUUUGAUGUCUGCAUUGGAGGUUAGUGAACGGAACCAAAUGCUUGAAGAUGAUGCUGUUGCAACUUUGGUUAAGGUUAUGACAGAUGCAGUUUUGGCUAAUUCCAAAUCUGACGACUCUGGUCUGCAUAUUCCUAUUAUAUGUGAAGUCUUGAAAGCGUUGUUUAAUAUAACCCUAGAGCUAAGCAAUAGUACCUCUCCAAGUAUUGUUGACGAUUGUUUACAUCUAGUAUGCAUUUUACAAAACAUGUUAGUUAGUUUUUAUCCCUUCGACUCCGAUGAAAAAGAUGAUCUGUUGACACAUAUAGCUCAUAUGAUGGUUAAUAUGCCGAAAACAGCUCUCGAUGGUUUGGUAAUAAAUAGUAAUAAAGAUGAAGAAGAACAGUUUUGUGGACAUCCGGUAACGUACGAGAACUUUGAAAUGCGUUCCGUCAUAGUGUUUCUAGAUGCAUUGAAAUUGAGAAUACAAAUUGACAAUUACAUUGAAAUGAAGGAGAAAACCAUGGCAAUUUUAACAGCGUUUUGUUUUGUGUGUCGAGUUAAUCCUGUUAUAAGAAAGUAUUUGAAACGAGAAAUUCUCCCUCCAUUGCAACCAUCAGAUGUUCGUCCAGAGCAGUUUAAAGACCUAAGGGGGAAUAUUGUACAGUUAAUGACAACUGUUGAUGUGCCAUUAAAGAAUAUGGCUGCAGAUUUUUUGUUUGUAUUGUGCAAAGAAAACUCACAAAGAUUAAUACAAUAUGCAGGGUAUGGAAACAGUGCAGGAUUUCUUGCAUCACGUGGACUGAUGAUACCGGGAAUGUCCGAUGCAGAUGGUGAUUAUUCAUCUGAUGAACUUACGGAUGUGGAGGACGACGUUGACCCAGUAACAGGAGCUAUUCCUAAACCAAAAGACACUUCAUUCGAAAGUCUCAGUGAAAGUGAAAAAGAAGCUGAGAUGGAAAAACUAAUGUGCAUGUUUGACCGAUUAAAAGAGCUGAAUGUUAUCAAACCCGCCGCUGUGGAUAAAGAUGGUAAAAUUACGGAGUUAGAAACAGGGAAUAACCAGCCAGGUCCUUGAGCUUGUUUAAAGCGUAUGUAAAUAGAAAUUUAACAAAUAAAAGAAUACUGUAUAUAUAAUUUGAGGUAAAUUUUUGUCUUUUAUGCAUUAUCUGAUUAUGUUAUUAUAGGAUUUAUAUAUAUAUGUCUGAAUUAACUGUAGUAGGUAUAAAACUCCUUGAUAAAAAAAGAAUAAAACAACAAGAAUACCCACAAGAAAUUGUUAGCUGCUUAUCUUAUGGUGAAAAACGUAGGCAGUGGAAACCUUUUACUUACUUUUCUUGUUGUCGUGGUAUUGUCAUGUUUUAUUUUCAAGUUUUUAUUAAUCUAGUUGACUUAGCAUGCUAGGUGUAGUUGCUAUAAUACAGCUAGACAUGAAUCCACAUUGUGAAUACGGCUUUCUUUUUCAUUUUAAAACACUUGUCUGAGCUUAAAGCCCCAAAACUCAGGCAUGCUUGGUUCACUAAAAUUAUUGUAAUAUUACAAAGGUGAAAAAUCCUGUGGAAGUAUAAAACAUCUUGCCACAAAAGUAUGCCAUUGUAUAAACACCUGUUUUUAGCUUAUAACCCCAAAAACUCAAACAUUCUAUGUUCACUAGAGUAUUGUAAUGCAGAUAUGCAGUGUUUGGUUUGGAUUACCAAGAAUGGAAAUCAAAGAUGUAGGGAAAAAAAAUAACCAAAAAAAUUUAGAUGCAAUAUUACACUUCUUUGCUAAAAAGCUUGUUAAAGUUUGUUUGACUUAUGCUAUGAGACAAUCAAGUUGUUGCAGAAGUGAUAUUUGUAAGUGGGUGUGUUUGAAUUUUAGUAAUACAAUAUUCUGCCUUCAACCUUCUGGUCAAAAACAAAGCAUAGAACUGGAGGCAAAGAGAUUCUUGAAAACAGGUAAUGCAAAAUGUUGAUAAAAAUUAACUCGGGAAAAUAAAUGAUAAAUGAGAAUUUACUUUUUUAUUUAUAUAUAUAUAUUAGUUUUUGUUUUAUUUGUUUUUUGUUUACUUUUUGCUUUAGUUAUUCAACUAUCGUUUCGUACAUUAUUACUUUUUUCAUGCAUUUUAUUAGACAACUGUGCCAGCUUUCCUAACAGUUCCAAGAAUUUUCAAUGGUGAUUCCUUUUUGUUUUUUUCACAAAAUGUUUCAGAUAAUUUUAUAUUAAUUGGAAUAUUAUCACGUAUUUUUACUCAAAAAUUUACAAUUUCACAGUUCGUUUCUCUGUACAAAGUUCAUUUCGCUGUACUAAGUUUGUACAAACUAGUGAUGACUUUUCAUUGAAACUGUAAUUAAUCUGUUACUCAAAUUCAGUUACCUUAUGGUACUUAGUUUUGCGCUUUUUUUUUCAAUUUUGGUCAAAUUCACUAACUUAUUCACAUGUGAGAUAUUAUUCACUAAAUUAUGCACAUUGAGAUACUAUUCAAGAUAUCCAUAAAUAAAAACAAGAAAUGCCAAUAAUUCGUAAAAAAUUUUCAGAUAGUGGAAAAGAGCGCAAUAUAUAAAGUGCCAAAAUUGUAUGUGUGAAUGUUUUUUUGAUAACAGGCUUUUCUUUAAAAAAUAUUUCAUUUUCCUAAAAAAAUAACACCAACAAAACAUUUUACUAAAUAAAUUAGUACCAUUAAGAUAUUGAAAAUCAGGUAUUACGAAUUGUUUACAUGUUCUACCUAGCAAAACUUUCUUGUCUUCAAUGAAAAUAUAUACAUGUAUAAACUAAAUAUUUUUACUUGUUUUUUUAUGGAUAGGUGUACCAGAAUAUGAAAUGGAAAUACAGUUCUUAAUCAUUGAGUGUGUGUUUUAUUUUUUUCUAAUUGUUGUUUUUACUGUUUUUGUAAAGUUCUAUGAUUUGUUUUCUGUAGUUGGCGGAAUUUUGUAAGCAUGAAAUUUAUUCUGUUUCACACUGCUAUUAAAUUAAUUAUUUUUGUAACAUAAUUUAUUUUCACUCAGUUAGUUAGAAACUUUGCAACCAUGAUUGAAUAGUAAUAAAUGUGGAUU